UAUUUUAUUUUUUUAGCUGGCUGCGCCCACCAUGCUAGAUGCCUUGACUAUGUAGAAGAUGAAGACCACAAGUUUCUUCUGUACCCACUAACCAUUCUUUUCCCUUGCUGUCAUUCUUAUAUUUGGAUCGAUCAUUAUUGACUAAAAUCAUCGAUCUUGUGGAACAGUUUAGGGAGAUGCCAACAAUGUCUAGUGCUGCUGUUGAAGUGAUCUCGAAGGAAACCAUUAAACCCACCACUCCAACCCCAUUUCAACUCAGAAACUUCAAUCUGUCACUUCUCGAUCAAUAUUUUCCUCCAGUUUAUGUUCCAAUCAUACUUUUCUAUCCCGCCGUUGCUAACAGUACUGGGAGUAAGCACCAUGAUGAUCUUGCCUUGCUUAAGAGGUCUCUUUCUGAGACGCUAGUUCACUUUUAUCCAAUGGCUGGCAGGACGGAAGACAACAUGGUUGUCGACUGUAAUGACGAAGGGAUUGACUUUGUCGAAGUAAAAAUCAAAGGUAACAUGUGUGAGUUCAUGAUAAAACCAGAUGUAACCUUAAAUCUACUCGUUCCAUCUGAAGUCGUUUCCACGAAAUUUGUUAAGGGUGCACAGGUGAUUGUUCAAGUGAACAUGUUUGAUUGCGGGGGAACCGCCAUUUGUUUGUGUAUAUCACACAAGAUCGCAGAUUUCUGCACCAUGAGUACAUUCAUUCGUAAUUGGGCAGGCACCACAAACACCGCUCGUUAUGGGGGCGCAACCACAAAUCAGAAUUUGCUUCCUUCUUUCGAGUCCGCGUCUCUCUUCCCACCUAGUGAACAGUUGGUAUCUCAAGUGGGGGUGCCACCCAGUUCCGCUUCAUAUCCCACAGAGGUUAGCACGGGAUAUAAAGUUGUCAGCAAAAGAUUUGUGUUCGAUGCGGAAAAGAUAACAUCUGUACGUGAAAAGCUCCAAGUAUUGAUGCAUGAUAAAUACAAAUGCCGCAGGCCAACAAAGGUUGAGGCUGUUACAGCCUUGAUAUGGAAGGCAGCCAUAAUAUCCACUUCGGCUGGUUCUUUGUCAGCGGUACACCAUGCCGUGAAUUAUAGAAAAAGAACGAACCCACCGUUACUUGAUGUCUCAUUUGGGAAUCUCUGUGGGCUCGCAACAGUGGUAUUACCAGCAACAACGGAGACAAGAAAUACGGCCAACAAGACAAGUACUAGUAGUGAGAUUGAGGUGCAAGAGGUACUCGAUGAUCAGUUCAUUGAACUUGUAGCUCAGUUGAGAGGAGAAAUAAAUAAGGUAAAGGGUGAUAAUCGUUGCAUGGAGAAAAUGUUUCUAGAUUGUGUUAGUGCUUAUGAUGAUUUCCUAGCAAAAAAUAGUGACGUUGAAGUUAAAACUUUACCCUUGUUGAUGACAAGCUGGUGCAAGUUCGGAUUAUAUGAUGCUGAUUUUGGUUGGGGAAAGCCAAUUUGGGUAACUACUAACCCAUUUAUUGAGCCAAGUAAGAACAUAAUUUUCAUGAAUGAUACGAAAUGUGGUGAAGGAAUAGAAGUGUGGGCGAACUUUCUUGAGGAUCAUAUGGCUAAUUUCGAACUUCACCUAAGUGAGAUCCUCGAAUUGUUUUGAUUUUGCAUCAUCUAUUUUGUGUUCCAUGAUCAUCUUAAUUUCUACAUUUCGGUCAUUGGUUUUGUAAAAAAAUGAAAUACUAAGAGCAUCCAGCAUGACAAAGUGCAUUAUUAUUAACCAUCUUAAAAUGGUAGAUAUCAUAACAACCCAAAAUCCAAAAUGACAAUACUGUGUGUGUCAACCACUUUGAAAUACUUCAAUCCAACAUUUUCAUUUGUUAGGCACCUGAGAGCAUUAACGGUAGUGUACAAAUACGGUUGAUAAACCCUAAGCAAACUACCGCGUGAUCCCUAUAUUUGUGUUGGGCUAUUUGAAGCCCAACAUGCAACAGUAAAUGAUAGUUUAGCUAAACAUCCAACUAAGAAGCAUGGCAGGGAAGUACCUUCGGCUCUUUGCAGGCUAAGCUCACUUCUUUAGAAGCAGAAAUUGAAGUUAUUGACAGUAUGGAAGAAUUUGCACUUCUCACCGACGAUGACAUUGUGGCAAGGGAAACUGCAAAGACCAAGCAAGCUGAAAUCUCACUUUCUCAGGCAAGAAGCUUAGCUCAACGAACUAAAGAAAGAUGGGCAAAAGACGGUGAGAAAAACUCUAAAUAUUUCCAUCAUACUGCUUCUUUUAAGUAUAAACUGAAUAAUAUCAAUUGCUUGAAAAUAGAGAAUGCUACGUGCUUUGAUAAGAAGAAAAUAGCAGAUGAAACUAUUUCUUUUUAUGAUUCCUAAUUUAAAGAGCAGUUUCCAAUUAGGCCUUCAUUUGAGAAUCUGGAAGUCCCUAAAAUUUCUAUGAUG